AAUCUACGUGCCUUUCCAUAGUUGAAAUCGCGCUGCGCUAACCACCACAAGAAUAAGAUGGGAAGAAGGAAAUCCAAGCGAAAACCUCCACCAAAGAAGAAACUAGUUGGAGGAUUGGAGACUCAGUUUACUUGCCCUUUCUGCAAUCAUGAAAAAUCUUGUGAUGUUAAGCUUGAUCAUACUAAAAACAUUGGUCUGGUAGAAUGUCGAGUCUGUGGUGAAGAUUUUCAAACCAAAAUCACCUAUCUAUCACAUCCUGUGGAUGUAUACAGCGACUGGAUCGACGCUUGUGAAGAAGUUAACCAAUAAAUAUUAUUCUCUAACAUUGCAUAUUCGAAAUGUAUACCGAAUACCGAUUGGUGACUGGCUUAUGAUCACCUUCCUCCGGUAUACUGUAUUGCUUACGUCAUUCUAGCAUAGCUUUCUAUAAUAUAUAGUCAUAUUGUAACAAAUUUAUUCGUUAACAGCUAUUUUCGUAGGAUCUAGCUCUUUAUUAAGAGAUUAUAGGAUUUUAUAGCAGUAAAUUAUAAUAUUAAUUAUUUGUGAUAUGGUUUAUUAUCAUACUGUAUGCAAUACUUAUAGUGUUGAUUGUAUCAAAAAAUAUGUUAAUGUUAAUUUAAUAUCGUUGCAAGUAUAUAACAAUGUAUACAAAAUAUUAGCUACACUGGUAAUCGAAAGAUUGCGUAGUAAUAAUUCCGACAUGCUGCUGGUUCACUUGAGUUUUAACUAUCGAAAGACCACUGUACUAGUUCUCAUGAAAGUAGCUAUCUUUCUGCAGUCUAAUGAUAGCAUUGAUAAUAAAUAACGAUUUG